UGAACGUCACGUCUGUACUCACGUGACACGCUAGCAGCAGACGCCACAGUUCACAUGACGCUCAAAAGCUUCGCUUCUGGUGGAAACUAAGACCGACGACGACAACCUGCGUCAUCCGCGUCUUCCAGCGGCGACAAAGAAGAACAAGGCGCCGAUUAAAAAAAAAAAGCGUCUCUGCUUUUUAUUCCAAGGUGACGUCGAGUCAAGCGCACUUGGCUCGGCACGACCCACCUGCGUCGGCGGCAGGAGUUCAGCAUCCAGCCGGUGACAGAAAAUCCUCCCCAGUUGUGACAAUAAAGACUCCAAAGAUGAGAUAUUUCCAGGCGUGUGGUACCUUGCUGCUCCUUGUCUGCGUUGCGGGCUUAGGAUGCAUCCAAGCUGUUACUCUUGAAGUACGGGAGGGGAACUCCACAUGCAUCAAGGCAGAAAUCUCCGCCUUUUUCUUCAUCACUUACAACGCCUCCAGCGGUGCAAGGAGUGUGCAGGUGCCGCUGCCCAACACAACCAGGGUGGAUGCAAGCAGCAGCACGUGCGGCACAGGAGGUGGCCUCCCGGGCCUGGUGGCAACCUUCGGACCUGGUCACGCCCUGGGCCUGAGCUUCUCGAGGAACGGAAGUCUCUACAGCGUGGACAACCUGACCCUGCAAUACAACCUCAGCGACGCCUCCAUUUUCCCCGAUGCCAACAGCUCUGACGUGGUCACUGUCGUGUCAGCCUCCGUUGGAAUCCGGGCCGCCAUCAACACCACCUACCGCUGUGUGAGCGCCACGUCCGUCGCCAUGGGAGCACAAGUGGUCACCUUCUCCGACAUGAGGCUCCAGGCCUACAUGCCAGGAGACGACCUGAGUCCAGCCGAAACCACCUGUGCAGCAGACCAAGCCAGCACCGUCGCUCCCACCACCACCCAGACUCCCAGCACACCACCCCCAGAACCAAGCACACCUGAACAAGGGGUGUACUCCGUUAGAAAUGUCAAUGGGACCAUUUGUUUCCUGGCCCAAAUGGGACUGCAGCUCAAUUUCUCCUACGUCUCUCAAUCGCAGAAUAAGACCAUCCAAGAAAUUUUCAAUCUCACCCCAAAUCUGACAAGUUCGUCCGGAUCAUGCGAGGCAUCAAGAGCUACUUUAGUUCUGACCCAAGACAGAACGACCACACUGGGAUUCACCUUCAGCGUGAACUCCACCAGCAACAAGUUCUACCUGAGUGCCAUCAACAUGUCUGCUGACUGGCCUGACAUGACAGUGCCCGUCUCCGCCGGCAGCACGGACCUGGACUACCUGCGCACCACACUGGGGCGCUCGUACAAGUGCAACAUGGAGCAAAGUCUGCCGGUGCAGCCCGGCUUCUCCCUCAACACCUUCAGGCUGCAGGUGCAGGCCUUCAAUGUCACCACCAACCAGUUUGCCACAGCUGAGGAGUGUCAGAUAGACCAGGACCAGAUGCUGAUCCCCAUCAUCGUGGGAGCCGCACUGGCCGGCCUGGUGCUCAUCGUGCUGGUCGCCUACCUCAUCGGCCGCAAGAGGAGCCAUGCUGGCUAUCAAACCAUCUGAACUGGAUUCUGUUCUCAGGAGAUCCUGGAGGACUGAGUGAGUGAUGAGGAUCCUGACGUGAGGACGACUGAGUGAUGAAGAUCUUGAAGUGAGGAUGACUGAUUGACGACUGAGUAAUGAGGACUGAUUGAUGAAAAUCCUGAUGUGGGGACUGAGUGACGACGACUGAGUGAGGAAGAUCCUGACGUGAGGAUGACUGAGUGAGUAAUGAGGACUGAGUGAUGACGACUGAUUGAUGAAAAUCCUGACGUGGGGACUGAGUGACGACGACGACUGAGUGAGGAAGAUCCUGACAUGAGGACGACUGAGUGAGUAAUGAGGACCGAGUGAUGACGACUGAUGAAAAUCCUGACGUGGGGACUGAGUGACGAUGACGACGACUGAGUGAGUAAUGAGGACUGAGUGAUGACGAUCCUGACGUGAGUAUGACUAAGUAAGUAAUGAGGACUGAGUGAUGACGAUCCUGGUAUGAGGACGACUGAUGAAAAUCCUGAUGUGGGGACAGAGUGACGACGACUGAGUGAGGAAGAUCCUGACAUGAGGACGACUGAGUGAGUAAUGAGGACUGAGUGAUGACGAUCCUGACAUGAGGACGACUGAGUGAGUAAUGAGGACUGAGUGAGGAAGAUCCUGACGUGAGUAUGACUGAGUAAGUAAUGAGGACUGAGUGAUGACGAUCCUGGCAUGAGGACGACUGAUGAAAAUCUUGACGUGGGGACUGAGUGACGACGACUGAGUGAGGAAGAUUCUGACAUGAGGACGACUGAGUGAGUAAUGAGGACUGAGCGAGUAAUGAGGACUGAGUGAGGAAGAUCCUGACAUGAGGACGACUGAGUGAGUAAUGAGGACUGAGUGAGUAAUGAGGACUGAGUGAGGAAGAUCCUGACAUGAGGACGACUGAGUGAGUAAUGAGGACUGAGUGAGGAAGAUCCUGACGUGAGUAUGACUGAGUGAGUAAUGAGGACUGAGUGAUGACGAUCCUGGCAUGAGGACGACUGAUUGAUGAAAAUCUUGACGUGGGGACUGAGUGACGACGACUGAGUGAGGAAGAUCCUGACAUGAGGACGACUGAGUGAGUAAUGAGGACUGAGUGAGUAAUAAGGACUGAGUGAGGAAGAUCCUGACGUGAGUAUGACUGAGUGAGUAAUGAGGACUGAGUGAGGAAGAUCCUGACGUGAGUAUGACUGAGUGAGUAAUGAGGACUGAGUGAGGAAGAUCCUGACGUGAGGACGAUUGAUUGAUGAAAAUCUUGACGUGGGGACAGAGUGACGACGACCGAGUGAGGAAGAUCCUGACAUGAGGACGACUGAGUGAGUAAUGAGGACUGGGUGAGGAAGAUCCUGACGUGAGUAUGACUGAGUGAGUAAUGAGGACUGAGUGAUGACGAUCCUGGCAUGAGGACGAUUGAUUGAUGAAAAUCUUGACGUGGGGACAGAGUGACGACGACCGAGUGAGGAAGAUCCUGACAUGAGGACGACUGAGUGAGUAAUGAGGACUGGGUGAGGAAGAUCCUGACGUGAGUAUGACUGAGUGAGUAAUGAGGACUGAGUGAUGAUGAUCCUGGUAUGAGGACGACUGAUGAAAAUCCCGUCGUGGGGACCGAGUGAUGAGGACUGAGUGAAGAUUCUGACGCGAGGACGACUGAGUAAUGAGGACUGAGUGAUGAAAAUCUUGAAGUGAGGAUGACUGACGACUGAGUAAUGACGAUCCUGACGUGAGUAUGACUGAGUGAGUAAUGAGGACUGAGUGAUGACGAUCUUGGUAUGAGGACGACUGAUGAAGAUCCUGACGUGGGGACUGAGUGAAGAUUCUGACGCGAGGACGACUGAGUAAUGAGGACUGAGUGAUGAAAAUCCUGACGUGGGUACGACUGAGUAAUGAAGAUCCUGAUGGGAUGACUGAGUGAGGACGACCCUGACGUGUGGACGACUGAGUGAGGACUGAGUGAUGACAAGUGAGACUGCGUGAUGAUGACUGAGUGAUGAUGACUGAGUGAUGACAAGUGAGACUGAGUGAUGAGGACUGAGUGUGACAAAGAGCGCACAAGAAGACUGCAGACGAGCGUGAAGAGAAUGGAACAAAAUUGCCAAGUCAGCAUGUUUGUGGUGACUUUCUAUAUUUGCUUGACUUGCUGUGUUGUUGAUAAAAGUGCAACAAAGUUUGCAUCCAGACAAACUUUUCCAGUCAGUUAGCACAAUUGUUGUUUUUUUUAAGAAAAAUAUUCACCUGUCAGUGUUCUCAUAUGGAAUCUGAUGAAGUUAUUUAUAGGUCAUCUUUCUCCUCCACGACCAGAAGGAUGAAGAUUUAUUUUUAACAGAUGGAAUUUCUUGGCUUUUGUAAGAAAAGUGGACAGUUAAGAAUGUAAAUAUUCUCAUCCCUGACACUCCAAGAAGAGACAUGUCUGCUCCUCCACAUCAUUGUGAGUAUGAAAUACACUUACUACUAUUUCAUGCAUGGUGGCUUCUUGUCCAUCCCUGGGAUUAUCAACAUAAUCAUUUCAGUGAUUACAUCAUUAUGUUUUAUAGGAAGCAAUUUAAACUGUUUUUGUGUUGCACAUUUUACUGAAAAUAAUAAACAUUUUGCUGGUGACU